AUGGAGCUACAAGAAUCGUUGAGGUUAAAAUUUGACCAGGCUGAUUCACAAGAAGAUCAGAGUCAAAGUGAUGACCAUGCUUCUGAAGAAGCCCCCUUUAAUGAGGAGCCACGUAAGACAGGGGAAGAAGGUCAGGCUACUGAGGAGCCUAAGGAUGGAACCAAAGGAAAAGAAGAAGAGAAGACAGGAACAAAGGAAAUGAAGGUGGAGAGUUCCCAAGAAGUUGCGAAUGAAGAGACUGAGGAGACAUCUGAGAGUCAAACCCCAGGAGAACAGAUGGUGGAGAGACCUGAAGAUAGACAUGAAGAUGCCAAGGAAGGAAGAGAGGCGGACAUGGGGGAGGUAGAGGAUGAGGCCAAGGCUCAGGAGGAAAAGAAUGACGCUGAGACUAAUGCCAACGACCCUAAGGACGACAAGACGGCCGGGGAUGAAGAUGAGCAGGGCAAGGAAGACAAGAAGGAGGGCAUGAAGAAAGCCGAGGCCAAGAAGAAGAAUGCGACACAUGGAAAUUCAGAUGGCAACACACCUCAAGACACUGAGGAGGCACAGAAGAAAUCUGAGUGUCAGACCACAAAAGAAAAGGGCAAGAAAGAAAAGAACAGAAAAGAAGAUAGACACAAAGAUGCCAAGGAAGGAAGGGAGGAGGACAUGACGGAUGACAAUGAGCCCAAGACUGAAACAGGUCAGGCGGAGAAGAAUGUGACACAUGGAAAUGGAGAUGGCAGCGUGCCCCCUGAGAAGGCAAAGAAGGAAUCUGAGAGUCAGACCCCAGGAGAACAGAUGGUGGAGAGACCUGAAGAUAGACAUGAAGAUGCCAAGGAAGGAAGAGAGGAGGACAUGGGGGAGGUAGAGGAUGAGGCCAAGAAUCUCAAAGAAGCGAAGACAGCAGCAACGCAGAAGACAGCAGCAGCACCUGCAAACCCUCCAAAGACCAGAAGACAGCAGGGAAAAAAGGAAGAAAAGAAGGAGACUGAGGUUCAGGCCAAGGAAGAAAAGAAGGAGAAGGACCAAAAGCAGGAGGCUGAGGUUGAGGCAGCAAAGGGUGUGAGCGCACCAACAGGUAAACCACAAGCUGCACUUGAGACAACGGCAAAGGGCCAAACCAGGCGUGCAGCAUUCCUCCAAGGCAUUGGACGGGUGGCUAAGACUCAACCCAAAGAUGCCAAGGCCGAGGAGGGAGAGAACGAAAACAACAAGGAAGCACCCAAGACAGAAUCAAAGGAAACUGACGCUGCUGUAAAGUCUGAAAAGCCGAUCAUGACCAUCGUGGAAGCAACCAAGUCUGAUCCCAGAAUGGCUUCCAAGACGUGCGAAGUGCUAAUGUCAGAGGUUGCAGCAGCACAGUCAAUAUUGAGGAAAGGAAGGAAGAAGGGCAAGACGGAUGAUGAUGACGAGCUCGAAAACAAGGAAGAUGAUGAUUGUCCUCCGCCAGCCAAGCCAAAGGCAAAGGCAAAGUCAAAGUCGUCCGCAAAGGCCAAGGGUAAAGCCAAAGCAAAGGGCAAAGCCAAAUCGUCUCCCAAAACCCAGAAAAAGGAUGAUGAUGAUGAUGAGGAUGAGCCCAACCCCUUGGACUCUGAAGAAGAGCUUUCAUCCGAGGAGUUUGUUCCAUCUCCAUCUCCAGAACCGCAAGAAGUUGAUGAUGGAAAGAAGGAAAAGAAUGGAAAGAAUGAAAAGGGAAAGAAAGCACCGGCUGCAAAGAAUCAGAAAACGGAGGCAAAGAAUGGAAAUACUGCAAACAAGGGCGACGAGGAUUCAAAGAAGAAUGCGAACCAAAACAAAAGAGUCAAGUUCGCUGACAGGUUGGAGGGAGAGCAAGGGGAACCGCCGUGCAAAAGAGCCAAGGGGUCUGCUCCGAAGAACCCGGACGCUCAGCCUAACAAGACCCAGAAGCGAAAAGCAAGUCAAGACAAGAACGAUUCCGCAAAGAAAGGCGCAACUAUUGGAUUGGGGAGUGGGCUGGCCAAGGUAUUGGCUAAGAAGACCGUCGAAGUUCCUGAAGAUACAAAGAAUGAGGAUGAAAGCAAAACGAGGAAGCGAGGAAAGACCAACAAGGACAAGGCGGAAGGUGAUGAGAAGAAUGAGAACGCCAAACAGGCCCGAAAGAAGUCAGGUGCGGAAGGACGAGUGGGCCUGCGAGAUGCUUUUUGGAAGCACAUUUCAGAGGCCCAGACUCGUCUCAGUGAAGCACAUCCAGAUGCUACCAAAAAGGAAGUGCUGAAGAUGGCACGAGAUGAGUGGACGCACCAUCCUGUGCGGGUGAACUCGAUGAAACAAUUGAGUCACAGUGAGCUCAGUCGGAGGAGACUUGUCAGCAAAAUGGCUGAAGUUUCCCAGCCUUCUGGCAAUGCUGAGGAUGCCAAUUGA